GUUAUUCGCGCCUGAACUUCUGCGGGUGUGCUGUAGGACUGAAUGAGUUGAUGAUGGCGGGAGUCAUCCGCAGACUCGACGAGACUGUAGUGAACCGCAUCGCAGCCGGAGAGAUUAUCCAGCGGCCUGCCAAUGCUAUCAAAGAGAUGAUGGAGAACUGUUUGGAUGCAAAGUCUACGAACAUCCAGAUAACAGUGAAAGAGGGCGGACUGAAACUCAUCCUUAUUCAGGACAAUGGCACUGGAAUUAGAAAAGAUGAUAUGGAAAUAGUCUGUGAGCGUUUUACGACCAGCAAGCUGCAGUCUUUUGAAGAUUUGUCAUCCAUCGCAACAUACGGAUUCAGAGGAGAAGCCCUCGCCAGUAUAAGUCAUGUAGCUCACGUCACCAUCACCACAAAAACAGCAGAUGCUAAAUGUGCUUACAGGGCCAAUUACUGUGAUGGGAAACUAAAAUCUCCACCCAAACCCUGUGCUGGAAACCAGGGGACACUGAUUUCUGUAGAGGAUCUGUUUUAUAAUGUGUCUACGCGACGGAAAGCCCUAAAGAGCCCCAGUGAGGAAUAUUCCAGAAUCGUCGAGGUUGUGAGCAGAUACGCCAUUCACAACUCUGGGAAAAGUUUUUCUGUCAAGAAGCAAGGUGAGAUGGUUGCAGAUGUGAAGACUCUCCCAAACGCCUCUGUGCUGGACAACAUCCGUGUGGUGUUUGGAGUCGCAGUUAGCAGGGAGCUGAUUGAAGUUGAAUGCGAGGAUCAGAAAUUUGCUUUUAAAGUGAAGGGCUACAUCUCCAAUGCUAACUACUCUGUCAAGAAAUGCAUCCUUAUCCUUUUUAUCAAUCAUCGAUUGGUGGAGUCUAGUGCCUUGAAGAAAGCAAUUGAGACCGUCUACACCGCUUAUCUUCCCAAAAACACUCAUCCUUUUCUUUAUCUCAGUUUAGAGAUUGCUCCUCAAAACAUUGAUGUAAACGUUCACCCGACAAAACAUGAGGUGCACUUCCUGCACGAGGACUCCAUCAUCGAGAGCAUUCAGAAGCACAUCGAGAGUAAACUCCUCGGCUCCAAUUCCUCUCGCACGUACUUCACACAGACUCUACUUCCGGGACUUUCAGCAUCUGCAAGCGUGGCAAAAGCUUCUAGUUCCUCAGCAGAUUCCCAGGAGCGAGUUUACGCCCAUCAGAUGGUCCGCACUGACAGUAAAGCCCAGAAGCUUGAUGCAUUUCUCCAGCCAUCAGCCUCAUCUUCAUCAACUGCUGCUCAAAGAAAGACAGAAAAAACCUCCAGCACGUCAACUGCUGUACAAGACUUGGUGGAGCUGGACGACGCAGAGCUGCUGACAGCUGCUGAUGUGGAGCCGUGUGGCGGAAAGGAUCCUCAGACUGAUGCUCAACCUCCUGGUGAUGAAGCACCACCAAGGAAAAGGCCUCAUGUUGAGGAGGUGAAGGAGGAUUUGACAGCUGCUUCUCUUCCCAGGAGACGAAUCGUUAAACUGACCAGCAUAAAGGAGCUUCGGGACCAGAUUGAGCUGCAAACUCACAAAGGUUUACAGGAGCUGCUGCAGAAUCACUCAUUUGUAGGUUCAGUCAGUCCUCAGUGGACUUUGGUGCAGCACCAGACCAAACUCUACCUGCUCAAUACAACCAAACUCAGUCAGGAGCUGUUUUAUCAAAUUUUAGUCUACGACUUUGGUAACUUCGGCGUUCUUCGAUUGUCGAAUCCAGCGCCGCUCUAUGAUCUGGCCAUGUUGGCUCUGGAUUCAGAGGAAAGUGGAUGGACAGAGGAGGAUGGUCCGAAAGAAGGACUGGCCCAGUAUAUUGUGGAUUUCCUUAAGCAGAAAGCAGAAAUGCUGGAAGAAUACUUUUCCUUGGAAAUAGAUGCAGAGGGAAACCUGACAGGUCUGCCAAUGCUGUUGGAUAAUUACACUCCUGCCAUGGAGGGACUGCCAAUGUUCAUUUUGCGUUUAGCCACUGAGGUGAACUGGGAUAAAGAAAAGGAGUGUUUCCGUGAAUUCAGUGUUGAAUGCAGUCAUUUCUACUCCAUAAGGAAAAGCUACACACUGGAGGCAGACGCAGAUGAGCCACAGGAUGCUGAGAUGAGCUGGCAGUGGAAGGUGGAGCAUGUGCUUUUCAAAGCUUUGCGCUCUCUCUUCAGUCCUGCCAAACACUUGAGUGAAGACGGCAGUGUCCUGCAGAUCGCCAGCCUGCCUGACCUCUACAAAGUGUUUGAAAGAUGCUGAACCCCAGCACUGUCUAAUCGGUUUAAUGCUUGCUCGGUGAGCUUUUAUAAAUGUUUGUACUGUGAAUGAAUAAAAAGUCUAUAUUUUUGAA